UUCUGCAACGCCGCCUGCGACGCCUUCCUCUUCGCCGUCUUCAUCGUCUACACCAACAGCGGCGCCGAUAUCACCAACCCCGUGGUAGGCUCCCCACAGGUCGUGUGGUCCGCCAAUCGGGACCGCCCCGUCCGCGAGAACGCCACCCUCCACUUCACCGAAGAUGGGGACUUGGUCCUCCGGGACGCCGACGGUAGCCUUGUCUGGUCCACCAACACGUCAGGCCGAUCCGUCGUGGGUAUGAACAUCACGGCAUCCGGAAAUCUGCUGCUCUUUGAUCGGAAGAAUGCAUCAAUUUGGCAGUCAUUCGAUCACCCGACUGACUCGCUGGUUCCUGGGCAGACGCUGAGGGAGGGGCAGAGGCUGACAGCCAACAUCUCCGCCACGAAUUGGACUCGAGGUCAGUUAUACCUCACCGUUCUCCCUAAUGGAUUGGGAGCUUUUGCCGAUUCGACUCCUCCCCAGCAGUACUAUAGUUAUACAGUCAGUAAACCGAAAGCAGAGAACAAGUCUGCCUACGUGACAUUCACUAAUGGCAGCCUCGCAAUCUUUGCUUCAUUUACCAAACCGGGUGUGCCGGAUAAAAGUAUCACGUUGCCUUCAGCAUCAUCGGUCCAGUAUAUGAGGCUGGAGUCAGACGGGCAUUUGAAACUCUAUGAAUGGGUAACAACAGGGUGGAGCAUUGUGGAUGAUGUUUUGAGCCUUUACCCGGAUAAUUGUGCCUAUCCCACAGUGUGCGGACCGUAUGGAAUUUGUUCUGAUAACGGGCAGUGCAGCUGUCCCAGCGCCAAUGUCAGUUCGAAUUAUUUCAGACAGAUUGAUGAUAGGCAACCGAGUCUUGGUUGCUCCCUUGUGACUCCUCUAUCUUGCCAAUCGCUGCAAGAUCACCAGCUCUUGGCUCUCAAGGAUGUUGCUUAUUUCUCUUCGUCUGAUAGCGUGAAUCUGAAAAAUGAAGAGAGUUGCAAGCAGGCAUGCUUAAAAAAUUGCUCUUGCAAAGCUGCUGUUUUUCGGUAUGACCAAAAUCUUUCUGAUGGUACUUGUUUCUUGCCGUCGCAGUUGUUCUCGCUGAUGAACAAUCAGCCUACAGUAACUCAUUACAAUUCAAAUGCAUAUGUUAAGGUCCAGAUUGUCCCUAGAGCAACCAAUAAUGGGACAGUGAGUUCUCCAUCUUCUAGAGGGAAGGUAAUGGGUGCUGGAGCAAUACUGGGUUCCACUCUUGGAGCUUUAUUUGCCGUAUUCCUUGUAGCUGGCCUUACUGUUUUUUUCAUGAGAAAAAAGAAUUCACAUAUGGAAGAAGAGGAUCAAUUUGAUCAGCUACCAGGAAUGCCAACUAGGUUUUCUUUUGAAGAACUGAAAGUAGCCACCGAGAACUUCUGCAAAAAGCUAGGAGAAGGAGGCUUUGGGUCUGUUUUUGACGGAAAGUUGGGCGAUAUGAGAGUAGCGGUGAAGCGCUUGGAUGGCGUUGGUCAGGGAAAGAAGGAAUUUUUAGCAGAGGUUCAGACAAUUGGUAGCAUUCACCAUAUUUAUCUGGUGAGGUUGAUAGGGUUCUGUGCCGAGCGAUCAUAUCGGCUUCUAGUCUACGAGCACAUGUGUAAUGGAUCAUUGGACAAGUGGAUCUUCUACAGAAAUCAAGUUGUUGCUCUCGAUUGGCAGACGAGACGUAGAAUUAUCACUCAUAUAGCCAAGGGACUAUCUUACCUUCACGAAGAAUGCAGGCAAAGAAUUGCACAUCUAGAUAUUAAGCCACAAAAUAUCCUUUUAGAUGACAAUUUCAAUGCUAAGGUUUCUGAUUUUGGGCUCGCUAAGCUGAUCGACAGGGAUCAGAGCUAUGUGAUGACCAGAAUGAGGGGAACACCUGGGUAUUUAGCACCUGAAUGGCUAACAUCAAGAAUUACUGAAAAGGUGGACAUCUAUAGCUUUGGUGUUGUAGUCAUGGAAAUUGUGUGUGGAAGAAAGAACUUGGACUAUUCCCAGCCUGAAGAAAGUAUUCAUUUAAUUAGCUUAUUGGAAGAAAAGAUUAAAGAAGAUAGAUUAUUGGAUCUUGUCGACAACCGUAGCAAUGAUAUGCAAUUGCAUCGUGAAGAAGUUAUUGAACUAAUGCAACUCGCAAUGUGGUGUCUGCAAAUAGAUAGCAAUAAAAGACCUUCCAUGUCAACCGUAGUCAAGGUUUUAGAAGGUGCAAUGAACGUAGAAACUUGCUUGGACUAUAACUUUGUCACUACAACUCCAGUGAUGCCGAGCAAUGCGAAUCAUUUGGAAGCUUCACCUCCACAAUCGGCAGCACUUUUAUCAGGACCCAGGUGAAAGAAUGUUUUCUAUGAACAGAGAAGCUGUGUUCUCAGGUAUUUCUGUUUUCACGCGAGCAGCAAUUUGUGUUCUAUGCUUUUGUAUCAUUUUUGAAAAAAUGCUGUAUAAUUUCUCAUCAAAAUCCUACAAAUCACAUAAACCGAGUUUGUUUCCAAUAUGCUACUACUUAUCUCUUACUCUAGAAACAAAGGGUUCAACGAAGGAAA